AUGAAGAAACAUCAGAGGUUGUGUUUUCUUCUCUGGACGAGUGUUUGCUGCGUCGCUCCGACGCGUUGUUGGCACGACUUGGACAACAGCGAGUACGACUGUUGGCCUCUCGACAAACCCAACGACCAGAACAUGAUCGACUGUGGAGGUCUGGAAAUGGCCUGGGUGGUGCGUCCACCUGAGACAGUGAAGAGCGGCGAGGUGUUCGGUGUCACGUACUCGGUCACCGCGCGGGACUCUUUCUACGACUGGGCGGUCAAAAACCACAUCUUCACACACAGUUCCAUCGCGAGUGCGGAAGCAGCUCGGAGGUUCUGCGAACACAGCGACUGUCCGGCCAACUGGAAAGACGCAGACGGAGAGAACUGCUGCAUCCAUCACGCCAACAUCCACUCCUGUCCGCUGGGAUACAUGACAACGGAGAGCAUCUGCGGUCCCUGGAUUCCGGACGACGGAAAAAUCUUCACGCACACCAUCUCCACGUCUGGCAAAAUGACACAGACCAACUGGUCAGCGAAGGUGGUUUUGAUCCAUCCAGGUCUAACCUCACUCAUCGCUCACAUACGAGUCGGUGAGAUGCAGGUGGCUCUGGAGGCCAAGAGCAACGUACUUCCUGCUGUGGUUUGUGGAGACAGCGUCUGUGAGGAGGCGGAGCUUUGUUCCAUUUGCCCGGCUGACUGUGGCCAAUGCCCAAUGGCUCCGACCACCAAGUUGUCCAUUGGCCUCCCGCUCAGCUCCCUCUGCCUUUGCUUCAUACUGACCGCUGUGUGGCUGAGGUACCAGAAACAGAAACUGCUGUGGGACGAGAGCUGGAUCAUCGACUUCUGGACAAUAAAACAAGACCAUGAGGCUCGUUUGACCACGGGCAGUAUCAUGAGUGUACCGAUGGCGCACAGUGACAGUAAUACCAGCUGUAUGACUGCUCUCAGUUCGUGUGUGGGACAACCGGGGAACCGGAAAACACUGUUCACCUGCACCGGGAUUUAUGACGGCAGAACGGUGGCCAUAAAGAAGAUUCAAACAAAGACAUUCUCUCUGUCCAGAACCAUCAGACAGGAAGUCAAACAAAUCCGGGAACUCGAUCACCCAAACCUUUGUAAGUUCAUUGGAGGAUGUGUUGAGGUUCCAAACAUCGCCAUAGUGACCGAGUACUGUCCGAAAGGAAGCCUUAACGACAUUCUCCUGAACGAGGAAAUCCCUCUCAACUGGGGCUUCCGGUUUUCCUUCGCCACAGACGUCGCCAGAGGGAUGUCGUACCUUCACCAACACAGGAUCUGCCACGGUCGACUCAAGUCCAUGAACUGUGUCGUAGACGACCGCUGGGUUUGUAAAAUAACAGAUUUCGGACUGAGGACGUAUCGCAGGAAUGACGGGGCGGAGCCUCUCUCCACCUAUCACCAGAGACUCAUGGAGGUGUACAUGCCACCCGAGUUUCAAAACACAAACAUGGAGCCAACACUGGCUGGAGACGUGUUUAGUUAUUCCAUCAUCCUCUUGGAGAUCGCGACUCGCAACGACCCUGUCCCUGCAGAAGAGUCUAACCUGGAGUCCACCUGGUGUCCUCCUCUACCUGAGCUGAUCUCCAGCAAAUCCGACAACAACUGUCCAUGUCCUGCUGACUAUGUAGAGCUGAUCCGACGAUGCCGCUCUCAUAACCCUGUCCAGCGACCCACGUUUGACCAAAUCAAGAAGUUUGUCCAACGCGUCAACCCCGUCAAAGUCAGCCCGGUGGACAUGAUGAUGAACCUGAUGGAGAAGUACAGUAAACAUCUGGAGGUGUUGGUGGCCGAGCGAACUCAAGAUCUGAUGCUUGAGAAACAGAAAACCGACCGGCUGCUCUACAGUAUGCUUCCUAAGCAGGUAGCUGAUGAUCUACGUCAGGGUAAACCACUGCAGGCUCAGAGUUACGUCAGCGCUACUGUCUUCUUCAGUGACAUUGUGGGCUUCACGCAGCUCUCCUGCAGCAGCACUCCGUACCAGGUCGUGGAUUUCCUCAACAAACUCUACACGACAUUUGAUGACAUCAUCGACAACUACGACGUCUACAAGGUGGAAACCAUCGGAGACGCGUACAUGGUGGUGUCGGGCGUGCCGCAGGAGAACGGUAUCCUGCACGCCUCGGAGAUCGCCAGCAUGGCUCUGGACCUGGUGGGCGUCUGUCGCACCUUCAGGAUCCCUCACAAGCCCAGCAUGCAGCUGCAGAUACGAGCCGGGAUUCACUCCGGUCCACUGGUCGCCGGGGUUGUUGGUACGAAGAUGCCUCGUUACUGUCUCUUUGGAGACACGGUCAACACGGCGUCCAGGAUGGAGUCCACCAGCCUCGCUCUGAAGAUCCAGUGCAGCUCCAGUGUGUUUUACCUGCUGGAGGAGAUCGGAGGCUACGUGCUGGAGUGUAGAGGAACACUGCAGGUCAAGGGUAAAGGCGACAUGAUCACUCACUGGCUGGUGGGGAAGCAGACGUCGCUGGUCUCCAGGGACACCAAGACCACCAAACACAUCACCAUGGAGACAGAGACAGCGAUGAAAGAGAAAGAGAGGGAGCUGUACGCGCCCAUACCCGGGUUCCUGAACAACGACGACCUGCUCCUGGAUCAGUCCUGAGUCCUGUAGUCUUUUUUUUGUUCACAGUUUCACAGUCCGGAAAACAAGUUACAUUUGUAACGUGAUACAUGUUGUUAUUUAUAUGUAUUUGUGUGUUCAGAUUGUUUUAACCCUUUAAACCGGAAGGUGUGGUUACUGUGUCUGGACCAGACCUGAGACACUUCAAAAAAACAAAAAAACAGAUUUUU